GGGGACCUCCGGAGCUACCUGUCUCAACAGGAUUGGAUGUUCCGAAAUGCUGAGCUGCUGCAGCUGCAGAAGAUGGCCUGUGAAAUCGCUGCUGGCGUCACCCACCUCCACAAACACAACUUCCUGCACAGGUAGCACUUCUGCUCCGUCUCCGUUUACACCAGUCAGUCAGUCACAACUAGACAUUGCUUUAGCUAAGGGCACAGCCUUCAGAUGUCAACCAACAAAGUCACGUUUCAAGGAAUUAAGACUUCAUCCAACAUUUAAAUAGCACUGUCUGUUUUUAGAUCUUCCAACUUCAAAAUGUUGCGUUACGAUAGUAUCAGACACAAGUGAUAUUAACGUGUCACAAUUACAAGUCUGUCUCUAUCUAAUCAAUUAUGUGGUUUUGGCAUCCCUCAUGGCACCUUGCUCUUAUGGAUACAUCCUGUUUCAGUAUAUUGCAUAUUCAGUACUCCUGAGUGGCGCAGUGGUCUAAGGCACUGCAUCGCAGUGCUAACUGUGCCACUAGAGAUCCUGGUUCGAAUCCAGGCUCUGUCGCAGCCGGCCGCGACCGGGAGACUCAUGGGCGGCGCACAAUUGGCCCAGCGUCGUCCAGGGUAGGGGAGGGAAUGGCCGGCAGGGAUGUAGCUCAGUUGAUAGAGCAUGGCGUUUGCAACGCCAGGGUUGUGGGUUCGAUUCCCACGGGGGGCCAGUAUAAAAAAUAUGUAUUCACUAACUGUAAGUCGCUCUGGAUAAGAGCGUCUGCUAAAUGACUAAAAUGUCAAAAAAAAAAAUAUAUAUGAAGCUGAAGAUGUUUGUAGAUGUUUGUUUUUACUCCUACUCCCAAGCCAACACUGGGCCAAUCAAAACAGGGCCACCGGGCCUCCCCAAAAAGGAGAGUGUGUCAAGGGCCCGUUUCUUUUCACCUUUUACCCGGCGAGUGCAGGACAUGUAGGUGAGCAGGGCUAUGGAGGAGAGGGGGGGGGGGGUUGUAGGGUAACAUGCGUCGCUCAGCUCAUCCAUGUUUUGCAUGCUCAGAAUAAACCCAGAGGGCUCCAAUUACCCAGCUCAACUAUCAGCCUGUCAGAAGGAUAUGAUGAUUCUGCUGUUUGUGUGUAAAUGGAUAGCUUCAUGUUGGCCAUUUAUUAUCCCGUGUUACAACUCAAAAGGAGCCCUAGUACGAGAUUCCACCGUUAACAGGGUCGUAAUGACAGUCGUAAAAAAUAUAGUGCACCGCUUUUCUUUUGGUUGGGUUGCAAAAUUGAUUUACUACCAAGGCGUUCCUCGCUGGAUGCCCUGCCCACAAAGUACCCGAUAUGGGGGGCUGUGGCUAGCGCUGUGCCGCAAAGCCUUCUGGGACAGGGGCAGUGGCAUGAACUGGAACUGUAGCCAAGACUCAGGGUCUGUGGUUUCUGAGCCCAGCUCGUUAUUGUGAUGGGGCGGCCACAGCGAUAAGACAGCAAGCUGGCAGGGCGGUCCAGGAGAAUCACUCUAACUGACAUUACGUAACAACACUGGGGAGAAAUAGCAUAUGGGGCAGUGGAGGAGAGGGAAGUGUGUACUCCAGUUUUCAACCAGUGUGACAACCGUAGCAUUGAAAAGUAUUUUCUAUUUUUUUUGGCUUCCAGAACAUAUUUUAAUUUGGUCAUUUUACUGAAUCUGAUAGUUCCACUUGACCUGAAAAUAAUGUUUAGAAUCAGUUGAUCUCACUAUUUUUGUUGUUGUAAGGUCUUUGUUUUUAAACUCGCUAGGUUGCUGAGCUAUUCUGAUUUUCUGUAGAAGAGGUUAAGAAUCUGCUGACGUGUCUGCACCAAACAGCCUUCAAGCCAUGGCGGUGUCGACCGCCCACGCCAUUUGCCUUGUAGGGAUAGGACGUUGAAUCUGAUUCUCUCUCCCUGACCCGCCAGCAGUACCGUAAUGCACUGUGUUCGCCAACAGCAGGGAACAGCCAGGACAGAAGAGGUUUAAAAUAUCUCUCCAUUUAUCUUGCCGAGGUUUCAGUGGGCCUGACAGGAGCUCCUGGGGUGUGCGAGCACAGACCACUAGUGUCAGCAAUGUCCACAGAUAGACGGGGUAAAGAGACGCGCUCUUGGAACGGGUUGGUGGUGAAAUGUUGCCAGGGCCAAAGGGAAACCAGAGCCUCUCCCUCCAUGAGGGUGCCAGUCUGAAUGAGCUACCAUCUGUCCACUCGGAGGGCCCAGUCCACCUUUAUCGCCCUCCCCUGGCCACCCCGCCUCACUGCCACUCUGUGCCCGCCUGUGAGUGUUCUUCCCUGGGAACAAUAUCCUGGUGCUGUAUGAGUGAGUCGGGAAAAGCUCCAGCAUCAGUGAUUUUGUUACUAGGGGCGGAACAGAAGCGACUGGAGGAGGUUUCACCUAGUGAUACAAGCUAUAAGUCCAAAUGUGUUUAGGUCUAAAGCCACUCAAGAGUCCAGUCUUUGUCUGUCCUGACCUGGAUCUGUGGUGGUUGGGGGUUGGUUGGAUUUAGAGGCAGGUUGAAGGGGUCUUUAAUCACCUGAGACAUGGCAUGGCUGGGCAACACGUCAAACAAACGAGGUGGGAAGCGAGGCAGUCACAAGUGUAGAGACACUUAGAUGAACAAAUAAUUAGUUCUCUAUCACCCUGAGGUUGGAAAACAGAAUUUAAACAGAUAUUUGAUCCUAUUAGGGUGAGGAAAAUGUAAUUAUAAAAAAAAAGGUCACUGGGAUAUUAAUUAUGUCAUCCUGUCGUAGGCCUGUACAGUAUAUUUAAGGCAUGCAAAUACACUCAGUGGCCAGUUUAUUAGGUACACCAUCCCGUUCACGAAAACAAUGGGCGUGGCUGGCUAUAUAAAGCCGGCAGAACGGCAUCAGGGUAUUCAGUUACUGUUCAAUUGAACGUUAGAAUGGGCAAAACUAGGGACCUAUGUGACUUUGAGCAUGGUAUGAUCAUCGGUGCCAGGAGCGCCGUUUCAAGUAUCUCAGAAACGGCCGGCCUCCUGGGAUUUUCACGCACGGCAGUGUCUAGGGUUUACCAAGAAAGGUGCGACAAAAAAAAUACAAUCCAGUCAGCGGCAGUCCUGUGGGCAAAAACAGCUCGUUGAUGAGAGGGGUCGAAGGAGAAUGGCAAGAGUCGUGCGAGCUAACAGGCGGGCCACAAACAGGCAAAUAACGGCGCAGUACAACAGUGGUGUGGAGAACGGCAUCUUGGAACGCACAACUCGGCUAUUGCAGCAGAUGACCACACCGGGUUCCACUGCUAUCAGCUAAACAAAAGAAGAAGCGGCUCCAGUGGGCACGCGAUCACCAACACUGGACAAUGAGGAGUGGAAAAACAUUGCCUGGUCUGACGAAUCCUGGUUCCGUUUGCAUCAUGCUGAUGGCAGAGUCAGGAUUUGGCGUAAGCAGCAUGAGUCCAUGGCCCCAUCCUGCCUGGUGUCAACGGUACAGGCUGGUGGCGAUGGUGUGGGGAAUGUUUUCCUGGCACACGUUAGGUCCCUUAAUACCAAUUGAGCAACGUUUGAACGCCACAGCGUAUCUGAACAUAGUUGCUGACCAGGUGCAUCCCUUCAUGGCUACAGGGGGUCCGUCCCGGCACUAGAUGGGUGUACCUAAUACACUGAGCGUUAAUUCCACCGUUUCAAUUAGUUAUUUCCAUUGCAUGACCACAUGCCAAUCUAAACGUCUCCUGCAGCAGCACUGAGUUCCAUCUUCUCAUAUGUGUGAUGACCAAGAGACGGUUCAGAGUGUUGUUUUAUCUUCAGAGACUACAGUUGUGUGUACUGCAGUGUUUGUCCCACACCGCUAACUUGUGUUCAAACUAGGGUUGGGCCAAUUAUAUGAUUACAUUAUUUACAUCGAAUAUUUAAUAAAUAGCUCUCAUUUGUUGGGUCUGAACUAGGGUUGGGCGAUACUUGAGAAGACCUCUUCUACGAUAUGCUACUCCAAAUAUCACGAUAUCCGAUAUAAUCGUUUUGCGCCGUUAAUGUAUGGCUGGUAGACUCAACUGGACCUGUAGGCACCAGAACAACUGGACCAACCGCCUAUUAUUUGCAGCCCUGUGAUCCAUUCACCGUUCUAUGACCACACCAGACCGUAUUGAACACAUAUUAAACUCAACCGUUCUAUGACCACACCAGACCAUAUUGAACACACAAUGAACUCUGUGUAAAUCCUCAUGGUGUGAAACAACUGCAGUCUCAUGUUGUUUUUGAAUCUCUUCUUUAAUGGGUUUCCUUCUCCUCCUCUUUUCUCACAGUGACUUAGCCCUGAGGAACUGCUUUCUGACCACAGACCUGACCGUCAAAGUGGGAGACUAUGGCAUCGGCCCCUACAGAUACAAGGUACCAGGACACUUUCCAACUGGUUCUCCUUCAAAUGGAAUCAGGGGGAUUUGGUUUAGUUUUACUUUCAGGUGACAAAAGGAAGUGGCAUCUGUAUGUGUGCUGUUACAAUAGUUUAGGUUCAUUAACCUAUAACCCUUUCCACACUACUGAGCUGAGCCCAGCUGAACAGAGGUUAUGCAUCCACCAAAGUUUCAAAGGAUGAUGUGAAAGAAAAUAUCAAAGCCAGUACAUUAUAGUAUAGGCUUAGUCCGUAUAGUCAACACAAUAGUGUGAAAAGUGUUUUUUUAAGCCUUUACAAAGCAGCAGAGUCCGUAAAGAGAGGGUAAGUGCUUUCCAGUAGGGGGUUUAUAUACAGCUCUUAGUCUGUGACCCCAGUCUGGCAGAACUCUGGGAAGCCUUUAUACCAAAGUGUAAUUCCCUACUGCAUUUGGCCCUGGCCUGACUGUGGAGUCACUAAGGCAAGCUCCGCCCGCUGCAUUCCUCAAAUAAUGUUGAGCUCUCUAUUUAGCACGGUCAACAAGUGUGGCCAGAGGUGUUUUGGGUGUAUUUAUGAGCUUGAUUAAGUACUUACUAGGAAGUCGGACAACAACUCUAAGUACAGUAAUGUGGGUUAGAACUGAAGGAAAGGUUACCAAACAUAUCCAAAAGCUUCUUAGAAGCCUUGGCAAAACACAUCAGUGAAUUGAAUGGAUAAAAGAAGGUGAAUGAGAGCCUACUGGUUGUUUGUGGAAGUGGCAUUCUGAGAUGGACAUCCUAUUAAAUUACACAUGUAUUUGUUCUGCAUGUAAUUACAUGGAUGCUCCAUGCUUGACUCUGUCCCUCUCAUGAUGUCACAGGAGGAUUACAUCAUCACGGAGGACGACGAGUCGGCGCCCCUGCGCUGGAUGGCCCCGGAGCUGGUGGGCGAGCGCCAUGGGGGCGUGAUCACCCUGGACCAGACCAAGUCUGGCAAUGUGUGGUAGGUACCUCCACCUAGUCACUGUGCAAUUCGCAGGCGGCAGAUGGCACCUUAAUUGGGGAGGACGGGCUCAUAGUAAUGGCUGGAACAGAAUAAAAUGGAAUGGUAUCAAACACAUGGUUUCCAUGUCCAUGUGUUUGAUACCAUUCCAUUCACUCCAUUCCAGCCAUUAUUAUGAGCCGUCCUCCACUCAGCAGCCUCCUGUGCUGUGCAUCUAUACAGGGUGUUGUGCUACAGUAUGUUACAGUAGUUGCACUUUUUUCUCUCACUGUGUUGAAUAAAAUAUACACUGCUCAAAAAAAUAAAGGGAACACUUAAACAACACAAUGUAACUCCAAGUCAAUCACACUUCUGUGAAAUCAAACUGUCCACUUAGGAAGCAACACUGAUUGACAAUCAAUUUUACAUGCUGUUGUGCAAAUGGAAUAGACAACAGGUGGAAAUUAUAGGCAAUUAGCAAGACACCCCCAAUAAAGGACUGGUUUUGCAGGUGGUGACCACAGACCACUUCUCAGUUCCUAUGCUUCCUGGCUGAUGUUUUGGUCACUUUUGAAUGCUGGCGGUGCUUUCAGUCUAGUGGUAGCAUGAGACAGAGUCUACAACCCACACAAGUGGCUCAGGUAGUGCAGCUCAUCCAGGAUGGCACAUCAAUGCGAGCUGUGGCAAGAAGGUUUGCUGUGUCUGUCAGCGUAGUGUCCAGAGCAUGGAGGCGCUACCAGGAGACAGGCCAGUACAUCAGGAGACGUGGAGGAGGCCGUAGGAGGGCAACAACCCAGCAGCAGGACUGCUACCUCCGCCUUUGUGCAAGGAGGAGCAGGAGGAGCACUGCCAGAGCCCUUCAAAAUGACCUCCAGCAGGCCACAAAUGUGCAUGUGUCUGCUCAAACGGUCAGAAACAGACUCCAUGAGGGUGGUAUGCGGGCCCGACAUCCACAGGUGGGGGUUGUGCUUACAGCCCAACACCGUGCAGGACGUUUGGCAUUUGCCAGAGAACACCAAGAUUGGCAAAUUCGCCACUGGCGCCCUGUGCUCUUCACAGAUGAAAGCAGGUUCACACUGAGCACGUGACAGAUGUGACAGAGUCUGGAGACACAGUGGAGAACGUUCUGCUGCCUGCAACAUCCUCCAACGUGACCGGUUUGGCGGUGGGUCAGUCAUGGUGUGGGGUGGCAUUUCUUUGGGGGGCCGCACAUCCCUCCAUGUGCUCGCAAGAGGUAGCCUGACUGCCAUUAGGUACCGAGAUGAGAUCCUCAGACCCCUUGUGAGACCAUAUGCUGGUGCGGUUGGCCCUGGGUUCCUCCUAAUGCAAGACAAUGCUAGACCUCAUGUGGCUGGAGUGUGUCAGCAGUUCCUGCAAGAGAAAGGCAUUGAUGCUAUGGACUGGCCCGCCCGUUCCCCAGACCUGAAUCCAAUUGAGCACAUCUGGGACAUCAUGUCUCGCUCCAUCCACCAACGCCACGUUGCACCACAGACUGUCCAGGAGUUGGCGGAUGCUUUAGUCAAGGUCUGGGAGGAGAUCCCUCAGGAGACCAUCCGCCACCUCAUCAGGAGCAGGCGUUGUAGGGAGGUCAUACAGGCACGUGGAGGCCACACACACUACAGAGCCUCAUUUUGACUUGUUUUAAGGACAUUACAUCAAAGUUGGAUCAGUCUGUAGUGUGGUUUUCCACUUUAAUUUUGAGGGUGACUCCAAAUCCAGACCUCCAUGGGUUGAUAAAUUUGAUUUCCAUUGAUAAUUUUUGUGUGAUUUUGUUGUCAGCACAUUCAACUAUGUAAAGAAAAAAGUAUUUAAUAAGAUUAUUUCAUUCAUUCAGAUCUAGGAUGUGUUAUUUUAGUGUUCCCUUUAUUUUUUUGAGCAGUGUACUAAUUAACACAGUGAGUCAACCUGUGUCCUGUUGCUGGCCAGUAGGCCAGGGUCUCCUUUGAAGAUGAUAGACGAUCUCUGAGGCUGUAAAUCUUAGCAGCCGCUCAGUCUAGCUGACUUCUAAAGGGAAGAAGACGCUGACCCUGCACUCCAACUCACUCCCACCAGGCAGCACAGCAACACUAUAACCUAUCCCUCCUAGUCCCUUCUAGCCCCUCCCCUAUGACCUCAUGGCUCCGUGCCAGUCCGUGUCACGGCUGUAAAUCACAACGUUGCAUAAGGAGGCUCUUGUUGCGGUACCACAUUUACCCCUAAAUAAGGAUAUGUUUAGUUGUCAGAAUAUGGGUCAUUCCACCAAUUGAGUGCAUUUUGGGUAGUGUAGUGUAAGUGUUCCUAUUAAGGCCACCAACGUCUAAGUUACUACAUUUCUAACAUAUACUGCCCUAGUCUCUGUAGGAAAAGUGGAGAUAGAAUGAAAGAUGAAUCUCUCAUGUGACGUUUUAUGAUUUAAAACGUAUGUGAAAGGUCCGGACUGGGCUUAAUGGCUACCGAAUGUACCCGUUAAGCCCAUGGGUGUUCUAAAUAAGCCCACCUCUUAAAUACAAAGGGACAGCUGGUGGACCAAAACACGGAAUCACCUGGAUGAAUGAAGGACAACAAUAUGACAAUGCCCCCACCCAAAAGUGCAUGAGUAGUCGCCCAAUAGCAAUCUUCUUGUCCCUCAUUUGUUGGCCUUUUUGUCCACCUGAUAUCCCUCAACCCUGAUCCUAUUGUUCUCUCUCUGUGUCAAUGACUUCCUGUCCACUCCAAAUGUCUUGGAGAGUACAGUGGUUUCUAAUUGUUUCUAAUCUUGGGAAAGGCACCAUGGCUAGAUGCAUAACUGUAAUUUGUGUAUUUUAAUCAACUUAAAUCUGAACAAAAACCAUAUUUAUGUUAAUUGAAUAUUAGGAAUGUCAGCACACUAUCCCUAUGUGUUUCAAUGCAAACCGGGCUUAAUAGGAACCACAGUGAUUUAAGGUGAAAAACAGAAUAGCAACAUCAACUCCUAAAAUAUUUGGGAACUAAUGGUUCGGGGUAAAAAUAUACACUAGAAUACAAUAUUAUGCAAAGUUAAUAUUGAUCAUAUUGAACAAUAUGUAUUUAUUGCCAUUGUGUAGAGGGAGUGCUGAGAGAAAUGUCACAUUUACAAAAAUUGCAUCUAUGAAUAACAAUGCAAUUUUUAUUUGACAGGAAAAUAAGACAACAUUCAUUUAUCCAUGUGGUAAGUCGCUCUGGAUAAGAGCGUCUGCUAAAUGACUAAAAUGUAAAAUUUAAAUUUAAAAAUGGAAGCUGUAAAUGCCUGGUCUAUUAUAGAGGUUAAACAUAAACAAUACUAUAGUAACUGACAAAUAAAGUAGCAGGGUGGACCGUGUAAUCUUGAAUCGGCCAUAAAUCCCCAUGUGACAGGGGGAAUGGAAGCUUGUGUGCAACAGGGAGUGGGAAUUGAAUGCAAGCUUCACAAAAACAUUGAAAUUGUUAAAAAAUGUCUAGCCUAUCUAUGGGUAACAGGGUUGACGUUAUGUUCGACCUGCUUAGUUUUCCACCACAAAACACCAGAUAAUGGCUAAAAAGAGUAGCACCAGCUCACCUGCUUUUACACUAUGAUUUGACUAUAAGAUGUUGAAUGUCUGUUUUGAAAAAAUUAUUUUGAAAGGAAUACUUUCAUCAUAUUAAAACGAGAGUUCAGUUCACAUAACAGGGUUGACCUUAAAAUGAAUGACAAAUGUAAAUGAAUCACUAAUCACGUGAAAUAAAUAUGAAUCCUCAGAAAGCAACAAAGUAACUAGGGCUUUAAAAUGAUGGUGAAAACUUGGGGACAUUUUUGGGUUAAGUGGGUUAAAAUCUUCCUAGAAGUUGGAAAAACAUGAGAUGGGACAUGCAGGUUUUUUGGCACUUUAGCAAGUCUUUAUUCAUAUAAAAAAAAGAUGUAUUGAAUGUUCCAUGUGGUCUGUAUUAAAGGGUACUUCAUUUAAUAUAACAUGCUAUUAAAAAUCAAUAUUGGUGCACAAUUUCUACUUAAAAUUUCAAAUAGACGCAAAAGGAACCCAUAUACACGUAGGCCUAUAUACUGAGUAUAUUAAACAUUAAGAACACCUGCUCUUUCCAUGACAGACUGACCAGGUGAAUCCAGGUGAAAGCUAUGAUCUCUUAUUGAUGUCACUUGUUAAAUCCACUUCAAUCAGUGUAGAUGAAGGAGGAGACAGGUUAAAGAAGGAUUUUAAGUCUUGAGACAUGGAUUGUGAAUUAUGUGUGCCAUUGAGGGUGAAUGGGCAAGACAAAAUAUUUAAGUGCCUUUGAACAGGGUAUGGUACAGUGAGGGAAAAAAUAAUUUGAUCCCCUGCUGAUUUUGUACGUUUGCCCACUGACAAAAAAAUGAUCAGUCUAUAAUUUUAAUGGUAGGUUUAUUUGAACAGUGAGAGACAGAAUAACAACCAAAAAAUCCAGAAGAACGCAUGUCAAAAAUGUUAUAAAUUCAUUUGCAUUUUAAUAAGGGAAAUAAGUAUUUGACCCCCUCUCAAUCAGAAAGAUUUCUGGCUCCCAGGUGUCUUUUAUACAGGUAACGAGCUGAGAUUAGGAGCACACUCUUAAAGGGAGUGCUCCUAAUCUCAGUUUGUUACCUGUAAAAAAGACACCUGUCCAGAGAAGCAAUCAAUCAAUCAGAUUCCAAACUCUCCACCAUGGCCAAGACCAAAGAGCUCUCCAAGGAUGUCAGGGACAAGAUUGUAGACCCACACAAGGCUGGAAUGGGCUACAAGACCAUCGCCAAGCAGCUUGGUGAGAAGGUGACAACAGUUGGUGCGAUUAUUCGCAAAAUGGAAGAAACACAAAAUCACUGUCAAUCUCCCUUGGCCUGGGGCUCCAUGCAAGAUCUCACCUCGUGGAGUUGCAAUGAUCAUGAGAACGGUGAGGAAUCAGCCCAGAACAACACGGGAGGAUCUUGUCAAUGAUCUCAAGGCAGCUGUGGUCAGAUGAGACCAAAAUCGAGCUCUUUGGCAUCAACUCAACUCGCCAUGUUUGGAGGAGGAGGAAUGCUGCCUAUGACCCCAAGAACACCAUCCCCACCGUCAAACUUGGAGAUGGAAACAUUAUGCUUUGGGGGUGUUUUUCUGCUAAGGGGACAGGACAACUUCACCGCAUCAAAGGGACGAUGGACGGGGCCAUGUACCGUCAAAUCUUGGGUGAGAACCUCCUUCCCUCAGCCAAGGCAUUGAAAAUGGGUCGUGGAUGGGUAUUCCAGCAUGACAAUGACCCAAAACACACGGCCAAGGCAACAAAGGAGUGGCUCAAGAAGAAGCACAUUAAGUUCCUGGAGUGGCCUAGCCAGUCUCCAGACCUUAAUCCCAUAGAAAAUCUGUGGAGGGAGCUGAAGGUUUGAGUUGCCAAACGUCAGCCUCGAAACCUUAAUGACUUGGAGAAGAUCUGCAAAGAGGAGUAGGGACAAAAUCCCUCCUGAGAUGUGUGCAAACCUGGUGGCCAACUACAAGAAACGUCUGACCUCUGAUUGCCAACAAGGGUUUUGCCACCAAGUACUAAGUCAUGUUUUGCAGAGGGGUCAAAUACUUAUUUCCCUCAUUAAAAUGCAAAUAAAUUUAUAACGUUUUUCUGGAUUUUUUUUGUUGUUAUUCUGUCUCUCGCUGUUCAAAUAAACCUACCAUUAAAAUUAUAGACUGAUCAUGUCUUUGUCAGUGGGCAAACGUACAAAAUCAGCAGGGGAUCAAAUACUUUUUUCCCUCACUGUAGUAGGUGCCAGGUGCACCGGUUUGUUUCAAGAACUGCAACGCUGCUGGGUUUUUCACGCUCAACCGUUUCCCCUGUGUAUCAAGAAUGGUCUACCACCCAAAGAACAUGAAGCAAACUUGACACAACUGUUUGUUACCUGUAAAAAAGACACCUGUCCAGAGAAGCAAUCAAUCAAUCAGAUUCCAAACUCUCCACCAUGGCCAAGACCAAAGAGCUCUCCAAGGAUGUCAGGGACAAGAUUAUAGACCUACACAAGGCUGGAAUGGGCUACAAGACCAUCGCCAAGCAGCUUGGUGAGAAGGUGACAACAGUUGGUGCGAUUAUUCGCAAAUGGAAGAAACACAAAAUUACUGUCAAUCUCCCUUGGCCUGGGGCUCCAUGCAAGAUCUCACCUCGUGGAGUUGCAAUGAUCAUGAGAACGGUGAGGAAUCAGCCCAGAACAACACGGGAGGAUCUUGUCAAUGAUCUCAAGGCAGCUGUGGUCAGAUGAGACCAAAAUCGAGCUCUUUGGCAUCAACUCAACUCGCCAUGUUUGGAGGAGGAGGAAUGCUGCCUAUGACCCCAAGAACACCAUCCCCACCGUCAAACUUGGAGAUGGAAACAUUAUGCUUUGGGGGUGUUUUUCUGCUAAGGGGACAGGACAACUUCACCGCAUCAAAGGGACGAUGGACGGGGCCAUGUACUGUCAAAUCUUGGGUGAGAACCUCCUUCCCUCAGCCAAGGCAUUGAAAAUGGGUCGUGGAUGGGUAUUCCAGCAUGACAAUGACCCAAAACACACGGCCAAGGCAACAAAGGAGUGGCUCAAGAAGAAGCACAUUAAGUUCCUGGAGUGGCCUAGCCAGUCUCCAGACCUUAAUCCCAUAGAAAAUCUGUGGAGGGAGCUGAAGGUUUGAGUUGCCAAACGUCAGCCUCGAAACCUUAAUGACUUGGAGAAGAUCUGCAAAGAGGAGUAGGACAAAAUCCCUCCUGAGAUGUGUGCAAACCUGGUGGCCAACUACAAGAAACGUCUGACCUCUGAUUGCCAACAAGGGUUUUGCCACCAAGUACUAAGUCAUGUUUUGCAGAGGGGUCAAAUACUUAUUUCCCUCAUUAAAAUGCAAAUAAAUGUAUAACGUUUUUCUGGAUUUUUUUUGUUGUUAUUCUGUCUCUCGCUGUUCAAAUAAACCUACCAUUAAAAUUAUAGACUGAUCAUGUCUUUGUCAGUGGGCAAACGUACAAAAUCAGCAGGGGAUCAAAUACUUUUUUCCCUCACUGUAGUAGGUGCCAGGUGCACCGGUUUGUUUCAAGAACUGCAACGCUGCUGGGUUUUUCACGCUCAACCGUUUCCCCUGUGUAUCAAGAAUGGUCUACCACCCAAAGAACAUGAAGCAAACUUGACACAACUGUGGGAAGUAUUGGAGUCAACAUGGGCCAGCAUCACUGUGGAACUCAGUGUAAUCUUUCGUUUCAAGGAAUAUUUAUGUUUUGGGACCUGUUUUGAUACUUUUAUUAAGAACAUUAUUCAUUGCGAUGUGAAUAUGGUUAUUAUUAUGCUGCAAUAUGAAAAUAGUUUUCCUCCAUCUCAUUGAGCAUUUAAUCACAGACCAAUGUUUCCAUCAUACAUGCAGGGUACAGUAGGUUGUGAGUUCUAAUUAUCCCUCCACUAGUCAUAAUAAGUGUUUCUGUGAUCCCUGCGUUUGCAGGGCCCUGGGGGUGACUCUGUGGGAGCUGUUUGAGAAUGCAGCCCAGCCCUACCCACACCUGUCUGACCGCGAGGUCCUGAACCACGUCAUCAGAGAACAGCAGAUCAAACUGUUUAAACCACAGCUGGAGCUGCCCUACUCCGACAGAUGGUCAGUCCCUCUCUUUCCAACCAUACUACACAUGAUACCAACUGGAUCUAGUUGGAGUACAUUUUAUUUAUGGGAUGUCUCCUGAAUUGUUAAAAUACUUGUAUACAUUAUCAUAAAGAUAGGUGGAUCAAGAAUUGCAUACCUGACAUUGAAACGAUAUGUUCUCUUAUGAAGUGAAAUUGUAUUUAAAAAUCCUCUGCUCAUGCCAUAAAGGGUAAUACCUCAACUCUCUCCCCUGUGCAGGUAUGAGGUGUUACAGUUCUGCUGGCUGGCUCCAGACAAGCGGGCCACGGCCGAGGAGGUCCACCGGCUGCUCACCUACCUGCGUAUGCAGGGCCAGAAGGAUGUGGAGGACGACUUCCAGCAGCGCUGGGACUCCCUCAAGCCCAACCCUGUCACGCGCCAGACCACCGUCAGCCACUCCUCCUACCCCAUUCUGGAGCAGUUUGCAGACGACGCACUGCGGGCCGAGGUGGACGAGAUGCUCACCGUCACUGAGACCAGCCGCGGCCUGAGCUUUGAGUAUGUGUGGGAAGCGGCCAAGCACGACCAUUACGACAGCAGCAGCGGCCACGGCCGCUCGGCCAUGGACACCAAGCUCAACUACCACAGCAUGUUCUUCCCAGUACCCAGUGAGGACAUUCAGGCCCACUUCCCAGACCCCGUAGCCCCCAGGACGGGGGGCACCGACAGCAGGAACACCCAUUCGGCAAUCCCUGGGAUCCUUCCCGUGUUUGACGCUCACAAACCAGCCAAUGGGAACGAGUACUACAUCCAGUUGGAGGAGCAGGGGGAAAGCACCGUGGAGGCAAAGGAGAACAGGGGUCCAGAGGUAAACACAGUGUCUGACAGGCAGCAAUUUAUCACCCUCCAAGAUGUCCGCUUGGACGAGUCCAGCACCGACGCAGACUUCUUCCACCGCAGCAUAGACUCCAAGGACUCGUACCUCCAGGACAGCCACAUCUGGUCUUCCAGUGAGCAUGACAGCCCCUACCACACCAACAUCUUCAGCGAGGGAGACUCCAGACAGGACUCCCAUUCCUGGAACAGGGGCUUCAUGGAGCUUCCAGAGCUCAACGGAAAUGGUCUCCAAAGAGGGGAGUCUGUAGAGGGGCAGGCCCAGGGAACAGAAAAGAGCUUUGGGAAUUCUUUUUUAGGGGAGCGCCAAUCAGAGGUCAUCCUCCAGGACUCUUUAGAGGAGCGGGAGGAGGAGGAGGAGGGGGAGGGAACCCCGGAUGUGAUGAGGCUUCUGAACACUGAGAAACUAGCGGACAACUUCAUGUUCCUCAAAGAGAAGAGCCUGAUGAAGGAGGGCUCUGGUUUAUCAGGGAAAAGUAGUGGGAGUCUACAACCGGACUUCCUCAAACCUGGUCUGACCCACGUUCCAGAGCACAGCUUCAGAAUGAACUCUUGGGAUGAUGUUGAUGAUGAGACCAUAGAUGGCUUAAACGUAGCAGAGAUCCCCAUAAAACCUGUAGAGAGCAACAUGUCCCCAGCAGAAGAGGAACUUUUUGACUUUAUGAGUCCCAGUUUUGUGGAUUUCCUGCAACCUCUAGCAGACCCUAAAACACUGGUGCCUUCAAAUACACUGGUAACAGAGGACAUCUGUAGCAACCAGCUGCCAGUUAGAAAUAGCUCUUCCAGCGAAGACUUUGGUCUGCUGCAGCAGUCCUCUGAUAUGGGGAUGGACACUGCUUUUGACUCUACCUCUGAGAGGGCCGAGGUCCCUGUCAUUAGUCCAGCAAAUAUCCGCCAGUCUCUCACACUCCUCUCUGAAAGUGCCACUACAGACCCCCUGUGCAUGGAUGCCAAAAACCCCAGCCUUGAAGACCGCCUCGGAGCCCCAGAGGAUGACUGUGUUGAAUCCAUAGGAAUCAAAGAGCCGACAGACGACCUGCUAAGCCAUGGCUCUCCCCCAGCCUAUGUCAGUGAGAUUGCUGUUGACAAUGGCCUGACCAGCGAAGGCCUGACCAGUGAUGAUCUGCUGAGCGACCUGGUUGAAGAUGAUACAGAGGCAGAAAUGGACACCGUCCUCUCUGAGCAUGAACAUGACGACGACGGGACUUUUGAGGUGGAAGACGCGUCUCACGAUAGGUCCUCUCUGCUGGUCUCCGGUCCUUCCAUGGACCAGAUCAGCCAGGACAGCCUACUGGAGGACAGCAUCUCCACCACUCUGCCCACUGUGGAGAACUCAGCCGAGACGCCAGACUCUCUGGACUCCCUGGACAUCAGCCACAGGCUGGAGGGGUCGGUCGAAGAACUAAACACCCCGGCAGCACCUCACAAGCUCCAGCCCCCGUACAAAACAGCCGACAGCGGCUACGAGACGGAGAACCUGGAGUCUCCAGAGUGGAACUCUCAGCCCAUCAUCAAAGACCACUUCUCAGAGGAAAACGGUCUGAGUUUGGCCGAAGAAGAAGAAGAAGAAGAGGAGGAGGAGCCAGCAGCUGCUACCACGCUAGUUCCCCCUGAAAUCAUUGUCUCGGAGGUGGAGAGUGUGAUGGAUGCUCAGGAUGGUGAGGACCAACAGGCAGAGCCCAUCGCACCUGGCGAGGAACCUUUCAUGGGAGGCAACUAUAGAGACUCUGCUUACUUCUCCGACAACGAUUCCGAGCCUGAGAAGAAGUCUGAAGAAGCCAACUCGCCAACUGGGGACGUCAGUGGCAGUGUUUCUGGAGGUCCAUUUGUUCUUCCUGAAGUCACAGAGGAGGAACAUGUAGGGUCUUCUGCUGGGUCACAGUCUGCCAUUGCUCGAGAAGCUCUGGUUGAUGUUGGAGUGGAGAAGACCAAGCCUCAGCCCUUGGAAGGGACCAGUCUCCCUAUGCUGGUCCUCACCACAGAGGAGGACUGGGAGAAGACUUCACCUGUGUCCAUCGACGGCAGUGUGGACGAGACCAGGACACUGGAGUUAUUCCCCGACUUCAGGACUUCUAGUCACUCCGUGUCCAACGGAACAUCCACAGAGGACCUGGAAAAGCCUCCAUUGCCUGCUGUUGCUACCUCAGCAAAACCCUUUCCUGAGAACAUACCAGUCCACGCUAAGCUAACCAGGACCUACGCCAGCGAGAUCACCCCCAAGCUCAAGGAGCCCGACAUGGAGGGGAGGUACCUGGGCAGGCGGGACGGCUCCGAUGGGGACGGGCAGGAGGACGGAGGGGAGGCGGACGAAGAGGACGAUAACAGCGACGACUCGGAUGAUGACAUGCGGGCGUACCGGUUGCACAGCUCCAGCGAGGACAGCGAGGACGACACGGUGCACCCGGUGCCUGUUAUAGUCUCGGACGACAGUAGAGCACGGAACCUCAAGAGCCUGCUGAAGCCCACAUCGCUGAAUGUCACCCCCAGCGCCAAACCCUCCAUGCAAUCAGGAGGCAGCGAUGCAGACAGUGCCAGUAGAGCUGUGUCGUUCUUCGACGAUGUCACGGUUUUCCUUUUCGACCAGGUACAGUACCCACUUGUCACCUUUUGCAUGCACACAGACAGACAUUGUUUCACUUGUAUUGAACAAUUAUAUCAAAACAACUCAAAAUACAAAUUGGACAACGAUUAUGGCUAUGCAUUAGAAAUGGUUUGAAUGUCAUGUGAUAUUGCAGGUUUUUUUUUUUUGUAACAUUCACAGGUUCUAGUCUAAAUAUUGUCAUUAGACUGAACUUUAACAUUUGCACUUAUUGGUCUCCUCAUCUGUAGGAGACCCCCACCAAGGAGCUGGGAGACCAUUCGUCAGGUUCCAACAGCCAGGUGUCCGAGUUCAGCAGCCCUGUGCCCUCGGCCAGCUACCUGAAUAGGUUCACCAACUCUACAGAGAGCUCCACAGAUGAAGAAGGUAACUCAUCACGAUACGGCCAACAUCAAUCAGCAUUAUCAAGGCAGAACCUAAAGGGCUCCAUAAAUCCUACCUGACUAAAUGUUCUUAAUCCAAAUGAAUACAGCAUGGUAGCUGUAUAUGCAGAUGUUUAUAGUUUGACCAUGUACCAAAGAUACACCAUGGAAGUUCAUUUGCUAAUUGUUUACAUACAUUUUGGUAAUUUAGGGGGGGCCCCUUUUGGCUAAAGAGCACCUCCAGUGGCAAAAACGUUCCGUAUACCCUCUAAUUGUACCAAAUCAAGGUAUUAAACGGGUGUCUCUCUCCUCAGGCGGUGGGUUUGAGUGGGAUGACGACUUCUCGUCCCCAGAGCCCUCUGCGUUCCUCUCCAAGGCAGCUACGGACCUGGCCGUGUCUAAGACCAUGUCCCCUUCGUCUACGGCCUCGCACUACUUCUCCCCUCCCCCUCCCGGGGGCCGCGCCCCGGAGCCCAGCUGGAGUAGCUCUAACUCCAACUACUCCCGCUUCUCCAUCUCCCCGGCCAGCAUCGCCAGCUUCUCCCUCACACACCUCACUGACUCGGACACCGAACAAGGAGGC